AAGAAUGUCAACGCGCCUGUCCUCACAAUAGCUACUGGCAGGAAUGUCUGGAUUUUGUUUAAGUCUCCUGGCUAAAUCUCUUCACUUUCGCUCUCCCUCCGCUUGGUACGAGGGAGACAGCUGCUGCUGCUGCUGCGCUCCGUUUGGCUAUUUCCUGAAUGCUUGUGAAUGACACCGCGCUUAAGUCAACAUCCCGCGCUCUUUCUACUAGUAGCCCUCACACUUCAGCUGUAGGUCUAUCACUGAAAAGGACCACUCAACGCCAGCAUGGAUUUUGUCCUUUUUCCUCACCCGUCUCCAGCCAAGUGAAUGGGCUCACAGACAAGUUUGGUCCCUUUUUCCGGCAGUUGGUAUUUCUUUUUUGUCCUGUGUGCCUACAAGACACCGAAUUAAUUUAGCUGCGACGGUCUGAAAAGCAAGUCCGGUCAAAGUAGCAAUGAUGAGGAUGUGUCGAUUUACCCUGGUAGUGCUGUACGUGUUGUUCAGUUUUGUGCGCAACGCGUUCGCCUUUACAGACGAAUUGACGGAGAGAUCGGCAAAAUCGGAUGGCUAUUGCAGCAGGAUUCUGCGGGCUCAGACUCAGGGCACCCGGAGGGAUGGCCAUCACGAGUUUCGGCUAAGGGUUGAAGGAGAUCCAGAAAAUUACCAGCCUGGGAGUACCUAUAGAGUGAGUUUGCAUGCCUCCAGCCCAGCAUUUUUCCGGGGCUUUACCCUCAUUGCCCUGAAAGAGGGACGAGAGGGACUGCGUGAUGAUGAUCAUGCUGGCAGUUUCCAGAUCAUCGACGAGGAUGACACUCAGUUUAUGAGCAACUGUCCUCCUGCUGUGACUGAGAGUACUCCCAGGAGACGCACCAGGAUUCAGGUGUUCUGGACGGCACCUCCCUCCGGCUCCGGCUGUGUGAUCCUCAAAGCCAGUAUUGUACAGAAGAAGAUCAUCUACUUUCAGGAUGAAGGAUCCCUCACCAAGAGAAUGUGUGAGCAAGAACCUCAGCAUGGAGAAAACCCGAGCAGACCCCAGCAGGAAUGCUGUGCCUGUGGAACAGCCAAGUACAGGGUCACCUUCUAUGGCAACUGGUCUGAGCAGAUCCAUCCCAAAGACUACCCCAGACGUGCCAAUCACUGGUCAGCUCUUAUUGGCGCCUCCCACACCAGGAAGUAUGUGCUGUGGGAGUAUGGGGGCUUUGCCAGCGAGGGCGUGCGGCAGGUGGCAGAGCUGGGCUCCCCCGUGAAGAUGGAGGAGGAGAUAAGACAGAAGGGUGAUGACGUGCUGACAGUCAUUAAAACCAAGGCACAGUGGCCAGCCUGGCAGCCUCUCAAUAUUCGGACGGCCCCUUCGGCGGAGUUCUCCGUGGACCGCACGCGCCACCUCAUGUCCUUCCUGACCAUGCUGGGCCCCAGCCCCGACUGGAACGUGGGCCUGUCGGCAGAGGACCUCUGCACCAAGGAGUGCGGCUGGGUGCAGCACAUGACGCAGGACCUCAUCCCCUGGGACGCCGGCACGGACAGCGGGUUCACCUACGAGUCACCCAACAAGCCCAUGCUCCCCCAGGACAGGAUCCGGCCCCUCACCAGCCUGGACCACCCCCAGAGCCCGUUCUACGACCCAGAGGGGGGGCCCAUCACCCCUGUGGCCAAGGUGGUGGUGGAGAGGAUCGCCAGGAAGGGAGAGCAGUGUAAUAUCGUCCCCGACACCGUGGACGAUAUCGUGGCAGAUAUUGCCCCCGAGGAGCCACUGGAAGACGACACUCCGGAGACAUGCAUCUACUCCAACUGGUCCCCAUGGUCGGCCUGCAGCUCGUCCAGCUGUGAUAAGGGCCGACGCAUGAGGCAGCGCAUGCUGAAGGCCCAGCUGGACCGGAGCAUUCCCUGCCCCCACACCCAGGACUUCCAGCCCUGCAUGGGCCCCGGCUGCAGUAACGAGGAGGCCUCCACGUGUAUGAUGUCGGAGUGGAUAAGCUGGUCCCCGUGCAGCGCGACCUGCGGUAUGGGCAUGCGCUCACGCGAGCGAUACGUCAAGCAGUUCCCCGAGGACGGCUCUGUCUGCACCCUGCCCACCGAGGAGAUUGAGAAGUGCACUGUCAACGAGGACUGCUCACCCAGCAGCUGUGUGGUGACAGAGUGGGGUGAGUGGGAGCCCUGCAGCGCCACCUGCGCGAUGGGCAUGAAAUCGCGUCAGCGCAUGGUCAAGAUGCCCCCCUCAGAUGGCUCGCUGUGCCACGUCCAGCUGGAGGAGGUGGACAAGUGCAUGAUGCCAGAGUGUCACUCCAUCCCCUGCAUGCUGUCGCCCUGGUCGGACUGGAGCGCGUGCAGCUCCACGUGUGGCAUGGGCAUGCGCACCCGCCAGCGCAUGUUCAAGGCGCCCGUGCAGCCGGGAGAGUGUCCCGAGGAGCUGGAGGAGGUGGAGAAGUGUAUGCUGCCUGAGUGCCCGACCGACUGCAUGCUGUCGGAGUGGUCCGAGUGGUCCGAGUGCAACAAGUCGUGCGGCAAGGGCCACACCAUCCGCUCGCGCAUGAUCAAGCUGGAGGCGCAGUUCGGCGGCGCCCCCUGCCCGGAGACGGUCCAGCGGAAGAAGUGCAAGGUCCGCAAGUGCAAGAGGGGCUCGCGCGCCAGCAAGAAGCAGCAGCAGCAGCAGCAGCAGCAGCAGCAGCAGCAGCGCGGCGAAGCCAGGGGCGAGGAGAGGCGGAGGGGCAAGCCCGGCCGACACCCCCUCGUGGAGGACCCGGCGGGAGGUUGCAAAAUGCGCUCCUGGUCCAGCUGGACAGAGUGCAGCAAGUCGUGUGGCGGGGGCAUCCAGGAACGCUUCAUGAGCUCCAAGAAAAAGGCCAAGAGCGCUCAGAACAACGCCUGCAAGGACCGCAAGGAGAACCGCGCCUGCAACGUGCAGACUUGCUAUAGCUAAAUGUGAGGGGCUGUGUGCCUGGUUGUUAGAUAGGGGGUGCUAUUUGUUGUUUUUCUUGUUUUUUGAAAAUACUGACAGCCGGAGGGAUUUCAUUGAGCUGUCGAAGAUCAGAUUUGAUUUGUAAAGUGGUAAACCUAGGUGGACUGCAGUGACUUAAGACACCAGGAGCUUAAGACACAGGACAGGAGAGGUAUGCUCCUCUGCAGAGGUCUUUAUUAGAUUUUUCCUGUUUGUUUAUUUGUUUGUUUGUUUAUUGUUAGAGGAUCACUGCAAUGUAAGCUGACUAGACUGGCACCAGUUAUUAGUCUCAGUAAAUUAGAUGCCUUCCUCAGCAGAUAAAGAUAUCACGUGUAUACAUUUUACUAUAUAACCGAUGCUAUCACUGAUAAGCCACGUCAAAUCAAUGGGCAGAUCCUUGACAGGUGUCUGUUUUUUUUUUUUUUCAAGCAUUUCAAAACAAUGAUUUGCCUGUACUUGGUUCAGUCCCUGACAACUUGGAUAGCUUGCGUCACUGUUAAAAGUUGGGCUGUUUCUUUCUGGAGGACCUCACCCCUUCUAGACACAACUCACAUGGUAGGUGUGAGGUGUCCAUCUUUUUAAAGCAAAAAGCUUGAAGACAAGAGCAAAUGCCAACGGCUGCUCUCUGUCAAGGGCAGACACCCAGGAUUUGCAAUUCAAUUGAGUUUACCUCCAGUGUUUUUCUCUCUCACAGGGUGUGUGUGUGUGUGUGUGUGUGUGUGUGUGUGUGUGUGUGUGUGUGUGUGUGUGUGUGCGUGUGUGCGUUCGUGCCUGUGCACGCGCGUGUAUGUGUGUUCAAAAAGUCCAAAAAUGCCUGUUUUGAGUGUUAUCAAGUUGGGUCACCCAGAAUCAAUACAUGAUUGAUCUGAAUCCAAGCUCCUGAAUCCAAGUCGUGUUGAGAACAAUUGAUUUUUUUUUCUCCCCUUCAUUGUUUAAAAGGUAGUUCUGUCACAUAUACAGUACGGAUCUUUUGCUGACUAGUGUCAGUUUAUUAUAAUGAAGUAUCAUUGAAUUAACCUUAAGAUCAGAUAUAUAGAAAAUACUAUGGCCUGUGUCUGGUUCAAAUUUACGCUCCUGAACAGAAAGCACAGGUGAGUAAUCAUUCCAGGUUUUUUUAUGAACCUCUGUAUCCUUUUCUAGGUCAGAAUCUGUUGUUACUUUUUAUUCCAUGCAAGUAUAGAGGCUAAACAGUUGUUUACUAAGGUUAGGGGUUCAUGUGUCACAUUAGGGAUUUUGUUACUUUCUGUGUAAAAUUUUGAUAUAUGUCACUCAACGCUCUUGCCAAAGUCAUGUAGAUGUUUUAUUUCUUUAUCUUUCCUCUCAUCUCUCUCUCUCUCUCUCUCUCUCUCAUCAUGCUGUUUCUAUGACUCUGUCUCUCUCCUCUCAACAGUAUGUUACCAUUUUGGAAUAAAUCACCUUUACAAUAAAAGUAAACGUGACAAAUA